GCUUGGUACGUCUUCUUGGGCUGCAACAAGUGUGUUUGCUGCGUUUGAAAAGCUUUGAUUCUGAGAACGAGAUGAAAUUACGGGGGUUGCUGCAUCUUCUAAUUCUAGUGCAAAUACACUUAAAGUUUCCGUAUCACAGCUUGAAUCGCAUUGGUACUCUCCUCUCUUCCCAGAAAUAAUGGCUAAUGUAGCCCCUCCGAAUCCCGCGCCAUCGCCGCCCACUACCAAACGCCCGCUCGUUGCCACGACUCAAUCAACCGCCAGACCGCUACCCACGACGACAACCACCAGACCGCUACCCACGACGACAACCACCACACCGCUGCCCACGUCGACAACGACCGCGAAGCCGUCCGACAGUACCUCUGUGGGCAUCGGGAUAGGGUUUGGCAUACUGUUUCUCUUGCUGCUGGUCCUGAUCAUCUAUGCUUGCUUCCUCUACAGGCGUCUGAUGAGAACCGCUCAGAUAAACCGUCGGGCCUCAAACAUAUUUUCGAAACUGUCGCGGAAGAAAGUGCUCUCGACGAACCAAAAAAACACGGACUGCCACGACGCCCCUGUCCCCGCAGGCAGCCCUCAGCAAGAAUCGAUUUACCUCGACAUGCGUUCCUCCGGGACGAAAGGCGCCGAGAGGACGCAGAAACUCGGGCACGUGAACCAAGGAGGGCCAGUUGACAACCCGCCCAUCUACGACACCGUGAAUGAAGUGUCCUUCGCGAACGAGCCGCCCACUUACGAGAACUUCCACGAAGGCAAAGACAAUCCCAUUUAUGAGAACCUCGAGAAGCAGGAGAGCAACCCUUUGUACAUCAACAUCACGCCCUCGGCCACGCCCACGCCCACGCCUUCGCCUUCGCACUCGCCUGGUGGCCACAAAAGCGUCCAGGCGAUGAAGAGCAGCGAAUAUGUGCUCAUGUCGAACCCGGGGGCAAACAAAACCAAGUAAGGCGGCCGGAACAGCGUCGCUAAGGUGCAGUUCCUCUGCUUCUGUGGUUUGAACUGUGUCGCCCCCAUGCCCGCUGAGACCGUAGUGGCUAUCUUACAUUUUAUUUAGACAUUUUAUACGCUCAGUCAACUAAUGUGCAUGCGCUUUUACCCAGCCUAAGACUCAGAGUCUUGGUGACUGACUGAUGUGGCCGGUUGGCGAGUUAAAGCCGGGAAACUAUAGAUCCUGAACAAUCCGUCUGCCAAUUUCUAGACUUCUAAAAUUAGGUAUUUAAGAUCCAGUCUGCGGGACUUUUAGAUUUUUUCCAUGUUAUAAGAUCAGUUGUAGACUACCAAGCACUACACUUGUUGCAGUGUAAGGAAUCAGGAAUAAAUAGCUUGGAGGUAGUGCAAAAUAAAGCCAUGAGGAUUAUCCUCGGCGCCCCGAGAACAACAA